UCUGUCGACUAAAGUUACUUGUCUGGUUUGGAUGUUAGUUAAAAGCAUGUUUGAAUUAAAUUAGAUCGACGCAUAAGUUUUGCGUUUGACUUAUUUAAAUUAUUAUUUCGUUCUGCCAUUCUGUGUCUUACCGUUAUUAUCGUUAUCAAUGUUUCAAUAUUAUCUUUUGGAGUGUGUUCAAUAUUUGAAUAAAUGUGUUUUAAUUGAUAAAAAAUAAGUGUUUCAAGCGUAGCAAAGAUAAAAAUGAGAUUGAAUUUAAUCAAGGAAGUGAUUUGCUUCUGCAUUAUUAACAUUAAGAUCCAGAUUUUAAAAUAGAUUUCAUUUAGCUGUGACGACUGAAAUGAUUUGUGCGUACGUUUGGAAUUUAGACAUGGUAUUGCUUUAUUAAAUAAGUUCGACGCUAAAGGAUAAAAUUGCCGAUAAUUGAUACUAAAUGUAAACCAAAGUUGAUUAUAACUAUGUGGCUACAUAUUACCGAAUAUUCGAGUGAAUUGACAUGGGCGAUUGCAAUCCAGAGACCCGGCGGGAGCUCACUGCACAGUUGAAGCAAGUCAAGCGCGACUUAGAUCAAUCGAAAAAGGAAACAUCAGAAUUCAGGACACAGUGUUCACAGAUAAAAGACAACAUCAAAUGGACUCAACCAACUGGAACAGUUGAUGUCAAGACCUGCACUUAUAAAUACGGUUUGGAAAAAAUCAUCUUGAUUUUUACAUUCCCGGAUGGCACUCAGACGACUCACCAUUCGUCCCCGGGAAGCAAAAUAAAAGGCGGACCGUUCGAUGGAUAUUUUAGUCGUGAUUGUGAGGGCGAGAUGCUUUGUAGAAUGUUAAAGGCAGCGUUCAGAAGAGGGAUGAUGUUCAACUUGGGGAAGACAGGAACAGUUAUCCUGAAUGGUGUGACAUUGUAUACGGGUUCAGUGUAUGAUUCCGAAAAACUACGCCCGACUUACGUCAAAUAUAUAAAGACAUUGAAAAAGGAGCUUAGAGCCAAACGCAUCACAGAGGCGAACAUAGAUCAGACGGGGACGCUUGAAGAGGCUUUUACUGUCGAUGGUUGUUAACUUUCGUAAGUCAUGUGCUAUCGAUAGUUUUACUCCGAAGGAUAAUGCCAUAUUCAUUUUGGUAUUGUAUAGAACAUUGCAUGCCAGUCAAAAAUCUUUCUCACUGCAAUCAAUUUCGCUUCUGUGUCUUUAUCGAGUCCAGUUUUAAAUUUCGUUGACUACUAGAGGGAAAUUAAUUGUUACAUUUCAUAACGGCAUGAAUUUGUUUCAAUACAAACGAUGAAUUAUUUUGUCAAGUUAGCAUAAGAUAAUUUAAACAUUUUAAAAUCAAGACUUAAGUAGCAGUAAAGUGUGUUUCUAUAACACUUUUAAGUUAUCUAUCAUUUUUUGGAAAAUAAAUGAAAACAUAAAUUGUACUUCAAUGUCACAAUAGUUUCUGUUUUGUUUCAAUAUGAAAUGUGCAUGUUAAUUUUUAAAGUGUAAUAAAACACUACCAGAAGAAGUAUGAACAUACAAUGUAUUAUUUUUUGUUUUUGUAUCUUAAUAACGAAUAAGAUCAAGGAUGCGAUUUUGUUGAACUUGAUGGCUUUGUUUCUUAAUAUAAUAUCGUUAACAAAGUGUUGUAUUUCUUUGUUACAUCUAUUUCAUAAUCGAUGAAGCAGCUUUGUACUUUUAUCAUUUGACAAUUUUACAGAAUGCAAUGUAAUAUUUAGUAAGUGGAUGUGGUUCAUGUCCAUGUAUUUUUCUUUCAUGAUUGCAGUUCAUUUACAAAGUUUAAUUAAUUUAGGUUCAUCUGUGCUCGAAUAUGAGCUGAGUUCUGUAAUGAUAUAGUAGCGAAGUUGACAGACAGUGGCAUAACAGAGGCGAUUGGAGAAACUGCCUGAAUCUUUAAAACGUUGAGACGUUCAUGGUCGAUAUUUUUGGUAUACAGUUCAAGGUCACCUGUUGUGGACCUCGAGUGAAAAAAAAAUACAGGCGUGAUGUAUAUGAUUAACAUUAUUGUUUUACUUAACCAAAGGACAUAAGUUUUAUUUUUGGUUACCUCGCAAAGGAAUUUCUACAUUUUAUGAUUAUCUUAUUUGUUUGGUAAGUAAAUGUUCCAUAGAGCACUGUUCCAUUUACUUUAUACAGUAACUAUUCCUAUUCCAUUCUGCUAUAAAAAAUACAAAAAUCAUAAAAUGUGCAAACAAUGUUAACAAUAUCCUAUCAACAACUUUUAAAACACCUUUUCACACAAUAAUUGUAUAAAUGUAAUACUAAUACUAAUAAAACGUAAUGCGAAUAAGUAUUUUUAACCGUUUUAUGUAUUCAUACAACCAAAAUUUAUUAAUCAAGAUAAUUGUUUUGAUUCGUGUGAAGCUCUGAAUAUGUUGCUAUAUGAUGUUGUGUUUUUGUCAGUAUCAGGUAGGCUUUAACUUUGUCCAUCUAAAAGAUUAAUUAGCUAUUUUGGUUUCAGCGUUAAUUCACCUGUAGCUUCCAUUGUAUUUUUAUGUAUGGCAAGACAAUCUGUCAUGGUUAAAUUUCUUCAUAAUCAAUAAUAUUUAGGUCAAAUCUAUGUUUUUCUUGAUAAACUAUUUUUAAUAUUAGAAUGUUAUAAUUGUUCAUGCGGUAUGUCUGCGUAUAUUCUUUUUUAUCAAUUAUGAAAACAUAUAACAAAAACCUUAUAACUGCUAACGAAGAAGACCUAAUUAGACACAUAUAUAUCAGACAUGUUAAUAUUGCCCGGAUUAAAAUGCUCAAUGACAUAUUUUUGGGAAAGGUCUCAAUGUUGUACCAUGGAAGAUCAUGUGAUCAAAACGGACGAGCCAAAUUUUAAAAUUGUAAAAUAAAACAAGUUGUUAAUUUUCUACGUAACAACAGAGCUUACAGCGAUAUCUGUAUUUACAAUUUCAGAGAUAUGUAUUAUACAAUGUUUUUAUGAAUAACUAGUAUUUUUAAUACUUAAUGAAAUGUUGGUAUUAACAUGUAUAUCACUUACCCGUGACUGUUUGCAUCUUUUCGCUAGGUACGAAUCUGUUUUUACUUUCGCAAACAUGCAUUGUUAAACUUUUGAUGUACAUUACUUUUAUCAGCUAAGUCCAAUCAUAGUUCUGUCAUAAACAGGUAGGUUAGGCAUUUAUACUAGUACAUGAUUGCGAGGUUUAACUUGACACAAUAUGUAGUACAAAACAAACUUAAUACGAUAAUAAUCAAUUGUACUGAGGAUCAAUCUAAUGUUGUUUUUAUCUUAUCUUACACAAAACAAUUUUGUUUUGGAAGCACUUCAAGUAUCCAUUUCAGUCAUGAAUACCAUGGUAUUUUAUUCAAUGUUUGUAGUUGUUUCAUGUUAUAACCCAUGCAUGUAGUCAUUGUCUUACUUUGUAUGCAAACCUGAAAAUGAAUUAUGAAAAUCCUUUGUAUUACUAGAUAUCAUAUCUGUAUUUUAAAUGAACAUUUUAAUCGGAAAAUAAAUACGGACACAGUU